AUGAGCAUGUAUGCAGACAUCAUGAGCAUGCAUGCAGUCAUCAUGAGCAUGUAUGCAGACAUCAUGAGCAUGCAUGCAGUCAUCAUGAGCAUGUAUGCAGUCAUCAUGAGCAUGUAUGCAGUCACCAUGAGUAUGUAUGCAGUCACCAUGAGUAUGUAUGCAGUCAUCACGAGCAUGUAUGCAGUCAUCAUGAGAAUGUACGCAGUCAUCAUGAGCAUGUAUGCAGUCAUCAUGAGGAUGUACGCAGUCAUCAUGAGGAUGUACGCAGUCAUCAAGAGCAUGUAUGCUGUCAUCAUGAGGAUGUAUGCAGUCACCAUGAGUACGGGUGACUGCCAUGCCCCUGUCGCCCUACCUGCAGCCAACCAGUUCCCGCCCUACCUACCCUACACCCACCGCAACUUCUUCUUCCACGGGACCAUCAUCCCGCCCGAGGCCAACCACACCUACCUUGGCAACGCCUUUGAGCAUUGUCUGCUCAACGCAUCCCGGGCGCCUGGAGACUACUUGGAGCAGAGGAGUGCAGAGGAGUGUGGUGCGUUCUGUGGGGUUUCUGCUGGGGAUUGCCAACCCCUGUGCAGCGGGCAUGGCAUGUGCUCCUUCAGUGAGUCUGUGCAGGAAUCAGUAUACACCUGCGAUAGCAACUUUGACAACCAGGCUGGACUGCCCUUGUGCUCCUACAGUGGUGUGUAUACACAAACAACAGCAGUCUCCCUGGCAGGUGCAGCAGCGCAACCAUUCAAUGGCACCAUCAUCCUCACGCCCCCCACCAGCAACACGUCAGGAGCAGCACAGUGCAGCGCCCAUCUGCCUCUUCCUUUUGAUCGAAAACCCUGGCCCGUGUAG